UUUAAGUCACUUUUUUCCAGCAGAGCCACGGGAAGCUGAAUAAGAAGUACUUGUCUUCUCCAGCCUCUGAUCUCCAGUUAUUGUUCAAAAUGAGCAAGAUUGUUGUUUUUACUGAAGAGGGCUUCAACGGCAGAACAGCUGAAUUCAAGAACAAUGUCAACAACUUAGAAGAAAAGGGCUUCAACAACGCCAUCUCAUCUCUCAAAGUCAUUGGCACACCAUGGGUAGCGUAUUAUGACAAGAAUUUCACUGGAAAGCAGCGGGUGUUUGAGGAAGGAGAAUACGCUACUCUAGAAGACACAGGAAAGUUUUCUUCCCUGAAGAUGAUCGCAGAUGACCUGGACGACCCUGAAAUCGAGCUGUUUGAGGACGUGAAGUAUCAAGGAAGAAGAGUGACUCUACGCAGAGAAACCAAUCUUCACGACAUUGAUUUCAGUGACAUCGCUUCCUCCCACAAAGUGAAAGGUGGUGUCUGGGUGCUCUAUGAGCAUGUCAAUCGUCAAGGUGCCCAGCUUGUGUCUUUCCCUGGGGAUGAAGUUCCCAGCUAUCUUCCGCUAUCCUUCAACGAUGUGGCCAGCCAUGUGCGUCCCUUGCUGCCGAAGCCAUAGACAGCAUCAUUCAAAGUACACUCUCUGCAGCUGAAUAUAAACCGGAGCCCUUCUGGAAAGAAAGAGGCAGAUGGUGGGGCUGAUCUUGACAAGAAACAAUGACUGUGACUCUAAUAAGUCUGAAGAAAAUUUCUGACUCUAUAAUAUACCCUAUAUAUCUGUGUAAAGACAUACUGUACAUGUUAAUUUGGCAGAUGUUAUAUGAUACGGAUGAGUUAUUAGUAAAAGUUUUAAGUUGAUGGUUGCUUGUCUUUUCAUUUAUAGCCAUCAGUAUCAGUAAACAUAUGCAAUAAAAUACAGCUUUGGGAUUGUUACAGAUCUGCUACAGGUCCUAUUGUCAUUUGAAUGUAUUUCUCCUGUUUGAUGAGAGUGAAAUAUUGAAAGGGAUUUUGGAUUUAUAUAAUGCUGUGCAAGAGACAACAUUUGGUCUGUCAACUCAGAAAAUAAAGGAUCUUAAAUAUUUUAA